UUGCCGUAGGAGACGACCCGCGACCUGGGAGUGAACGAAUCCGUUUCCCGCCGGCGGGAGCUGUGGCUGUGGCUGAGCAAAAGGCUCGGAGCUGCACCACCAUGGCGGAGCAGCUGUAUCUGGAAAACAUAGACGAGUUUGUCACGGACCAGAACAAGAUCGUCACCUACAAAUGGCUAAGCUAUACGCUAGGAGUUCAUGUUAACCAGGCAAAACAGAUGCUGUAUGAAUAUGUUGAAAGGAAACGGAAGGAAAAUUCGGGAGCUCAGCUGCAUGUUACCUACUUGGUGUCUGGCAGUCUCAUACAGAAUGGACAUUCUUGCCACAAGGUUGCAGUAGUGAGAGAAGAUAAAUUGGAAGCGGUGAAGUCCAAGCUAGCUGUGACUGCCAGCAUCCAUGUGUACAGCAUCCAGAAAGCUAUGCUGAAGGACAGUGGGCCUCUGUUCAAUACUGACUAUGACAUCCUUAAAAGCAAUUUGCAGAACUGCAGCAAGUUUAGUGCCAUACAGUGUGCUGCGGCGGUCCCCAGAGCUCCUGCAGAAUCCUCAUCUUCCAGAAAGUUUGAGCAGUCAAAUCUUCAGGCAGCAAGUGAGACACAAACCAAUGAACUGACCACCAAUGGCCAUGACCCACCUGCCUCCAAACAGGUAUCCCAGCAGCCCAAAGGAAUCAUGGGAAUGUUGCUGUCUAAAGCUGCUACUAAAACCCAAGACACCAACAAGGAGACUAAAGCAGAGGCUAAAGAAGUAACACAUGCAUCUUCAGCUGGGGGCAAAGCUCCAGGAAAAGGAAAUGUGAUGAGCAACUUUUUUGGAAAAGCAGCUAUGAAUAAACUUAAAGUCAGUUUGGAUCCAGAGCAAGAAGUGAAAGAAGAAAAAACAGUGGAGCAGCCUCCAGUGUCUGUCACUGAAGCCAAGCUGGCAGCUCCCACAGCUCUGAAGAAAUCCAGCAGGAAGGCAGAGCCUGUGAAGAUGCAGCAGAAGGAAAAAAAAUGGGGGAAGCGAGUAGACUUAUCUGAUGAGGAAGCCAAGGAAACUGAAAACCUGAAGAAAAAGAGGAGGAGAAGAAUCAAGCUUCCUCAGUCUGAUAGCAGUGAAGAUGAAGCCUUCCCAGGCUCUCCUGAAAUGUAUGAAGCAGAUUCACCAUCUCCACCUCCUCCUGCAUCUCCACCUGCUGAGUCUGUGCCAAAACCCGAGUCCCCCCCAGUCAAGAGUUCAAGUGGAGAAAACAAAAGGAAACGAAAGCGUGUACUGAAAUCUAAAACCUUUGUGGAUGAAGAGGGCUGCAUAGUGACUGAAAAAGUCUACGAGAGUGAAUCGUGCACGGACAGCGAAGAGGAGGGUAAGAUGAAGGUGGCGUCGGCACACAGACCCCCUGCCACCGCUGUGAAAAAGGAGUCCAAAGAGGAGCCGCGAAAGGGCCACAAGAAAGGGACCACUGCUCUGGGCAAAGCCAACAGACAAGUGUCCAUUACUGGCUUCUUCCAGAAGAAGUAAAUGCUGUUCCUGGCAGGACUUGGUGGUCAAGGGAGAAGACCACCAAGUAUAGACUGUCACUUACUGUGUAAGUUCACCUCGCUCCUUGCCUCAUCUGUAUCAAAGUGCUGCACUGCCAUCACGUGACACUUGGACUAUUUCUGGGUUGUUUUUUUUUCUAACCAAAAGGAAGUCACCUAGAAGCAGGAGGCAAAAGAUAUUUUAAAAGCUGUUACAUUAUAAUGAGUUUAUAAAGCACAAUUUCUGACCUGCCUA